AGCAUGAAAUGGAGACAUGGGAAGUUUCUGUUCCAGAUGAUCGGGCUGAACAACGAACCUGUCUCAUUUGUGGGGACCGUGCCACAGGCUUGCACUAUGGAAUCAUCUCCUGUGAGGGCUGUAAAGGGUUUUUCAAGCGGAGCAUUUGCAACAAACGGGUAUAUCGGUGUAGUCGUGACAAGAACUGUGUCAUGUCUCGGAAGCAGAGGAACAGAUGCCAGUACUGCCGCUUACUCAAAUGCCUCCAGAUGGGGAUGAACCGGAAGGCUAUCAGAGAAGAUGGCAUGCCUGGUGGCCGGAAUAAGAGCAUCGGGCCAGUCCAGAUAUCGGAGGAAGAGAUCGAGAGGAUCAUGUCUGGGCAGGAGUUUGAGGAAGAAGCCAAUCACUGGAGCAACCAUGGCGACAGUGACCAUAGUUCCCCUGGGAACAGGGCUUCAGAGAGCAACCAGCCCUCACCAGGCUCCACAUUGUCCUCCAGUAGGUCUGUGGAACUAAAUGGAUUCAUGACAUUCAGGGAGCAGUACAUGGGAAUGUCCGUGCCUCCACAUUAUCAGUACAUACCGCACCUUUUUAGCUAUUCCGGCCAUUCACCACUUCUGCCUCCACAAGCUCGCAGCCUGGACCCCCAGUCAUACAGUCUGAUUCACCAGCUGAUGUCAGCCGAGGACCUGGAGCCACUAGGCACACCCAUGUUGAUCGAAGAUGGAUAUGCUGUGACUCAAGCGGAGCUGUUUGCCCUGCUUUGCCGCCUGGCCGACGAGCUGCUUUUUAGGCAGAUCGCCUGGAUCAAGAAGCUGCCUUUCUUCUGUGAGCUCUCAAUCAAGGAUUACACAUGCCUCUUGAGCUCUACAUGGCAAGAGUUAAUCUUGCUGUCAUCCCUCACGGUUUACAGCAAGCAGAUCUUUGGGGAGCUGGCUGACGUCACUGCCAAGUACUCACCCUCUGAUGAAGAACUGCACAGAUUUAGUGAUGAAGGGAUGGAGGUAAUCGAGCGGCUCAUCUAUCUGUAUCACAAGUUCCACCAGCUAAAGGUCAGCAAUGAGGAGUAUGCGUGCAUGAAAGCUAUUAACUUCCUAAAUCAAGAUAUCAGGGGUCUGACCAGUGCCUCACAGCUGGAACAGUUGAACAAGCGAUACUGGUACAUUUGCCAGGAUUUCACUGAAUAUAAAUACACACAUCAGCCCAACCGCUUUCCUGAUCUCAUGAUGUGCUUACCUGAGAUUCGAUACAUUGCAGGAAAGAUGGUGAAUGUCCCCCUGGAGCAGCUGCCCCUCCUCUUUAAGGUCGUGCUGCAUUCCUGCAAGACAAGUGUGGUCAAGGAGUGACCUGUUCCUGCACCACAGAGCCUUGAGUAGGCAGGACAGGCUCAGGAGGAGAGAGCCAGAGACCAAGAUGGAGGCAUGGAGCAGUUGCCUCCAUAACGAGAAGAGUUUUUGUUUGUUUGUCUGUUUUUUAACCUCAUUUUUCUAUAUAUUUAUUUCACGACAGAGUUGAAUGUAUGGCCUUCAACAUGAUGCACAUGCUUUUGUGUGAAUGCAGCAGAUGCAUUUCCUUGCAGUUUACAGAAUGUGAAAAUGUCUAAUGUUACAGUGUUGUCAUUGUUUAGAGAUAGUUCUUUUGUAUUUUGAGGGAGAGGGUGGGAUGGGCUGAGAUGACUAUUUCCAUGUUGACAAAGAUGACUACCUCAAUGGAAAUGGGGGUGUGAUCAUCCCUACAAUUUCCACUUUUUCUCAGCAGACUUAUGUAUUUGUCUGUCAGAGAGCAAACUGCCUUUUUCUAGCCAUGUAUUUGUCAAGUAAGAGUACACGAAAGGAGUGGAGUGGUGGCAGGAGAUUCACUAAGCGAGAUAGCAAGAUGUGUGGAACAGGAGAUGAGGGUUGAGCCGUCUCAGUGGAAAGCAUGAGAAUUGAGAGCAGGGCACAGUGACCAGAUGUAAAGUAGGUGUCCUCUCAGCAGGUCGGUCCUAAGGGCAAAAAGCCUUCUGUCCUCACACCCUGCUGCCCUCCUCUCCCUUUGCCACCCCUAUCCAUUUCUGCCACUGUCAACUGUUCAUCCAGCAAGAACCUGGCAAUAAGUCAAUCCAAAUGACUUGCCUACCAGCUCCCUUGGGGGCUCACAGCUACCUAGUUUCCUAUCUGAUCUUCUAAGACCUGCCCUUCUCAGACUCCUUCCCUCUCCUUUAUAAGUUUGACUUCCUCUCAACCCUUUGAAAAACUGAGCAAAAUGCUAUGUUCUGAAUCCUGAUGCCACUCAUUUAGUCUCUCACUUCUUUGCUUCAAAGUCUAGUAAGAUGAAGGCCAAGCUGCUGAAAGAAUAACUUGCCCCACUUACCACCACCCCACCAAGAGGACUCAAUCUAAAAACUGGUCUCUUUUGUAAAUAAUGGAAAGGACUAGUCCUGCUUCUGGCCCAGAAAUGUUGCUCCUAAAUCCUACUCCAGGUUCUCCUAAUCUCUCCAGAAUAGGACUAGGUUUUCUCAGGGCCCCUGAACAGAAAGCCUAGAGUAGCCCAGCUACUUUUGUGAAUCAGUGCCUGGCCAACCAAGGCCUGGAGGGCUGGGGCCUAAAGCACCUGGAAGGGAAGGGGGAUUCUAAAACUACCUCAUAUUCCUAAGGGCCUGUCUGCUACCUCUACAUGUUCAGCCUACACCCCUUUUCUUUCACUGCCUGCCCCACCUCAUCCUGGGAAGUGUUCCUGCCCCUCUGGACUUUGGCAAGGGCCAUACCAUGCUGUAUCGGAGUUCUUUCAGGUGCUUUUCCCUUCUCUGCCUUAAUGCAGCGUUUGUUCCCGCCCACACUCAGGCACCUCUGGCAGCCAGUGCUCCAUCUAGACCAUGCAGUGGGUGUGUCCUUGGGAGGGCUUUAGGGGCCCACGGUACUUCCUGUGGCUGUUUGGUCAAAGACUGUUUGCUCUCCCCUGGCUCUGAUUCAGCCUUGUUAACCUAUCCAGGUGACCACCACAGUGUGAGCAUACUGGGUAGUCUACUUCUGUUUAUAAUUUUUCUUUUUAGUGAAAUGUUACGGGUACCAACCAGCAAAGGAGUGAUGUUUGUCCUUUGCUGGAUCUAGAACUCAAAAUGUUACUCUUCAAUGCCAUUUCCCCAACUGUUAUAAGAAAGAAAGAAGAGAUAUGUUCUUCAGGAAAAGCUCCAACUAGCACAUUUUUCAUAUGGCAGUGGGAAGAUUUAUGUGUUCAUAUGUGUCUGUUUAUUUGUAAGUUCAUAGUAUCUUUCUUGUUUUUCUGAAUUUUUUAUUUAACCAAUUAGAUCAUAUUCUGUGGCUACAGGUCAGUUUCCGAGCUGCUUUCCUUAAAUAGGGGAAAACACAUAUAUUAGAGACCCCUUCUCUAAGACAGCGCCUGUGUGCAGCAUCUUUCCUUGCUUAACCUCUACUUAUGAAAUUUUUACUUUUUGAAAUUACGUUUCAAAUUAAGCAUUUUACCCAUUGUGUUGGGUGUCAAAGGAAAUUGCUCUCUGAUUAAGCAAGAACAUUAAGAGAACGUUAAGCUCUCCGAUGAAGCAAUAUUCCGAUCAUACAGUAUUAAACAGAGCAAGUUGUUAAUUUGUAGAGUGGAGAAAGGUUCUGCAAGUUGCCAUUGUACAGAUCCAUUUUUACGAAUGUUUGCAGCAGAUUCCACAGAACAAAGAUCCCAUUCAUUGCCGAGAGCCCUGCAGAAUAUCUGAGCCAAGUGGCUGUGUGUUCCAAGCCGGAGCCUGACCUGUUGGACCUCCUUUAAUGUCUUCUGCACCCAGCCCUUUUAUGACGUGGGCUUCUUUUAAACAGGGUAAAGUGAAUGUGUUGCAUUGCAAACUCAGGUAUUAUGAGGAGAAGGUAGGAGUGUAGCUAGCAGUGUGGAGACAUUAGGUCAGCCACUAGAUGUAUUUGUGAAUUUGGUUUGAAGGACACAGAGAAAGGUUGGAGGGGAAGGUUUGGCUUGUUUGUUUUUUGCCAUAGUGUUUGGUUAACAGGCAGCCUUUUUGCUGGUGGAAGAAGAAAAAAGUUGUAUGUGUUGUCUCAAAUUCCUCUGUCCUCUCUCUGAUCCUAGCCACCAAAAGCACUCACUUUGAGUGAGUUUUCCACCAUAAAAAUAUGACCCUGAAAGCUGUGUGGAAAAGGAGAUUCCCCACCUCCUUGCACUACAUUGAAACAUGCAAGCUUUUCCCUUCCUUUACUCUUGGACACUUUCUUAACCCAAGACGAUAGUUUGGAUUCCUGGAGCUUCAUCGCUAAUUCAUUCUCUCUGGCUCCCUUUGUACACUGUGGAGUCCUUUGCAAGGUGUGGUGCUCUUGCCCUUUCUGGAGAAAUUGCCCAGAACCUGUCUAAAGUGCUUCACCUAGCUCACAGGACAUCCACUCUGUGCCUAGCCUGUAAGAGAGGUGGUUCAGCCUCCAGGGGUAGAAGGAAAUAGGCAGGAACUUUCCUGUCCUGAUCCCAGAACCAAAGCAGGCACAGGGGAAGCCUAGAAAUCUUUAUGGCUACACUGAAAGCCACCCCACUUCACACCAGCCUGCCUCUGCCCUGCCCCACUUCUCAGGGAAGUGAUCUGCCAUGUCAAUGUCAUCAGAUCUUUAAAACCCUGGCCCCUCUGGGCUAGCUGCCCUGCUCUGCUACCCAUUCCCUCCCUACAUUUGCUAGUUCUUAGUUUUCUGGGGAAUGGAAUGGAGAGAGACAGACAAAUUAGUGUAGGCAACAUCUAAGCCAUGACUAAGGCUGGCCAGAAUAAAGAGACCCUAGCUUCCCAGCGGGGCAGAAAUUUGAGCAGUGGUUCCAAAUUCUUAGCUUUGGGUGCCUGAUCUAUGUGUUUUUCCUUGUUGCUUUUUAAAUUUUUGCUUUUAAGAAAUUUUAGUCUUCAGACUAGUCCUUUUUAUUAAAUUUUUCUUUAUUGAUGGUUAAAAAAAUAACAACAACAAGAAAACCUAAACAAGACCCCCACUCCUCUUUCUCCCCAUACCUUGAUCCAUGAGAGGCCCCCACCACUCCCUUUUGCCUCUGUGGUUGAUCGUCCUCCCUUUUUCCUCAGCUGGAAGCAUCACUGUCCAGUAUCUGUGAAAUGAUGUUUCAUCUGUGUCUCAGGAUGAAAAAUGGCAAUCAUCCCUCCAGGUGCUGGAAACUGGCUAGCCUUGAGGUGAGGGUUUCUAGGGCCACAGCUCAGGGAUGUGUAUUUAACUACAGGGUCCCCAGAAACCCCUCUCUUGGCUGCUAUAAGCAACAUCUCCUUUUCUGGGCUUGGGAGCCAGACCCAGAUUGUUUUCCUUCAGAGGCAGGAGACCCAGAGAGCCUGCUGCCUUUCUCCUUGGCCUUCCUGGGCCACCUUGAGACUUGAAGACAUCUGACUGUCUUGCAACACGAGCCUUGGUGGCCCUGCCUCUGCCAGCUCAUAAUCCUGGCCCCUCUGCCCAGUUUGUUCUCCAUCUGACCUCCCUCUUCUGGGCCUGCAGCUCUAAGUGGGCCAGGGCUUGCUCAGGAAUCAGCUGAAGGCUUGAAAGGAAGCUGGGAGGAAGGCCAGAGCCUGCUCCAAGCCCAAGAAAAAUGCUGAGAUCCUGGCAGAGGCUAGUCUUCCAAAUCCUGGAGCCAGGCCUGCCAGCCAAAGGAUCCUCUUUGCCUGUUGGUGACUGUUGUUUUCUUUGCUGAAAUAUCUUCUUAUAGGUGAUAAUGUUGUUGACUCAAAUUUCCAUGAAAAAAAAACAAGAAAAACAAAAAAAACUACCUCUCGAGUAACAUCCUGGUCGAUUCCUCUCAGAGGAAUCCUGUGGGAAAAGAAUACUGCAGCUCCCGCGCUGUUUACAUGUUUCUGUCGGGAAAGAAACCCUGCCUGCCCUGGGGUGUUGGUGUUUUUGUCUGUGUUGCCAUCCCAGGCCUGCGAUAGGGGCUUGUGGCUGCAUUGUAAUGUCUGGCUGUGUCUCGGGAGUCCUUCCCACCUGCCCAGCGAGGGACAAGUCGCCCCCUUGAAGAGGCCUCCAUCUCCCUCCUGAGCUCCAGGCAUGGGGAACACCACCUCCUACAGCACCAUCCUUGGGGUCUCUGAUGGCGCCUGCAUUGUGAACCUGCCCUGGGCUGCCCACCUGGGUCCAUCUUCACCCACAGUCCUGGGGAGGAAUCGGGUGAACAGGAUGUCUCUGAGCCCUUGUUCCCAAAGGGCCGGCCAAGGGCUGCCUGCAGCCUGGCUCCAUCUGCCCUGCAUGACCAAAUGGUAGUUGGCGGGCUCUGCAGGCUACUCAGGCCCUCUGCUACCUCCCACACCUGCCUGCCGGCAAGGGAUGGGCCCUGUCCUGUGAAUUGACUACCUGUGGAAAUGUGACCAGUUAGUGUGAAAUGCAUGUUUAGCAAGUAAUAGGUACUGUAUUUGAACCAAUAAAUGUGAAUCCUGCACACGCAUCUGGUUGUGAAGCUUCUCUG